CCGGGCGGCUGGUAAGGCGGGAGCCCGCAGGGCGCGCGGGAAGAAGUCCGGACCCCAGGAGGAACGUGCGCGCCCUCAUUCCCUCCCCCGCGGCCCGCGGCCCGGGCGCAUUUCGUGCCCAGGCGGUACCGCCCACGCGCCCCGCCCCAGCCCUGUCAGCGUGCGACCGGCUGCCACCAUGAUCUGCUUGGUGCUUAUCCUGUUCGCCAACGUCUUCCACAGCGCCUUUGCCAUAUAUGAAACCAGUUUUACAAUCCAAACUGAUGCUUGCACUGGAGUAAAUGAGCGCACCUUCCUAGCCAUUAAGCCAGAUGGGGUGCAGCGGCAUCUCAUAGGGGAGAUCAUCAGGCGCUUUGAAAAGAAGGGCUUCAAACUGGUGGGGAUGAAACUCAUGCAGGCCUCGGAAGACUUGCUGAAGGAGCAUUAUAUAGCCCUCUGUGAUCGCCCCUUCUACAGCCAUCUGGUGGAGUACAUGAGAUCGGGUCCUAUUGUAGCCAUGGUCUGGCAGGGGCUGGAUGUGGUAAAGACGGCUCGCGCAAUGAUUGGAGAAACUAACCCGGCCGAUUCCAGACCUGGCACCAUUCGAGGGGACUUCUGCAUUGAAGUCAGCAAGAAUGUGAUUCAUGGCAGCGACUCGAUUGAGAGUGCCCAGCGGGAGAUUUCACUCUGGUUCCACACAGACAAGCUGACCUGCUGGGCGGACAGCACUGAGCACUGGAUCUAUGAGUAAUAAGAAUGGUCUGGGGGAAGUGUAUCUUGCUGACACUCAGGCACAGUACAAACUCAUCCAUUUCCAUUUUUCCUUCUCUGGAGUUGCACUGGA